GUAGGUUUCUCGAUGCAAGCAGAUCAGUCCUUUGCUUGCUUGGCAUUUGGAGAGCUAGAACAGUAUUAUCCGGGUUUAGGCAAGUUUCUCGGGCUUCCUUUAAGAAAGGAGUGAUGGGAAGAGAGCAAGAACUAGAACUAAAGAAGAACAAGGAAAAGUUGAUGGAGUCGAAGAUGCCUACUUGCAGAGAUAUUAGAUGUCACGUACGAGGCAAGCUUGAUGGAGGGCUGAGCUGGCUUAUCGUGUUUUCGUCGUUCAUUCAACAGUUCAUAGUAAUCGGAACUCAUAACAUUUUUGGAUCCUUUUACAUCGAUCUUCUAAAUGAAUUUAAUAAAUCCAAAGCAGCAACAGCUUGGGUAGGCUCACUGUCCUUUGGUCUCAGCUUUUUACUUGGUCCUUUAACAACAGCGAUCUGUGACAAAUUUGGCAUUCGAACAGUUUCACUUAUCGGCAAUGCGUUAUUCAGUCUUGGACUCCUCGCAACAUCCUUCGCAACGAGCAUUAGUCUUAUGUACUUGUCAUAUUCUAUACUUGUUGCCAUUGGUUCCAGUUUUUGUUACUAUGCAUCGAUAUUGAUUUUAGACCAAUAUUUUCGGAAACAUAUCGUAACGUCGAAUGGUUUGGCAUUAUCUGGUGCUGGUGCAGGAACUCUAGCUCUUUCUCCAGUGGUUGAGCUACUGCUCGAAAGAUAUCGUUGGAGAGGCGCAAUGCGCAUCUUGAGUCUCAUCGCGUCUGCACAGUUCCUGUGUUCAUUUAUUCAAUUUUUCAUUAAGCCUCCUCUAAGGAUAAAAAUUGACGACUGCGAUACAACAAACGAGAAAAAACCCGAAAGAAAGAAGAAAUUUAUCAAUUUAUCGUUGUUUAAGAACAAGGCUUAUGUAUUGUGGAUCAUCAUCRUUUCUUUGGUGCUCUUUGGUUUUUACAUCCCGUACGUUCAUCUGGUCCGUCAUUGUCAAGACUUAAAUAUUCCCAAGAGUAAAGGCGCCAUACUCAUUGGUUAUCUAGCCAUUUCACAAACCAUUGGUAAAAUUGUCUUCGGUCGAAUUUCAGACCAUCCACGUGUCAAUCGAAUUUACUUAUAUCAGUUCUGCCUGCUGGUUUGUAGUGUACUGACUACCUUACUACCUAUCAUGACAUCAAUAGAGAGUAUGACUUUCUAUUGCUGGGCAUUUGGUUUCCAUGAUGGCUGCUUUGUACUUCUCAUUGCUGUUUUGACAGGAGAUAUCGUCGGGCAAGAAAACAUGGCGUCUGCUUUUGGGAUGAUGUACUUCUUUAGUUGCAUCCCAAUGAUGAUAGGUCCACCAGUGGCGGGUGCUAUGUACGGAAUGGUUGGAUCAUAUGAGCCAGCAUUCAUCAUGGCCGGAGGUCUUACGUUCAUUGGUGUUUGUCUUCUUUUCUUAAUUCCAAUCCUCCUCCCUUCAGAAAUCGUCCAACAAUGGAGCAUGCGCUCUACGCGUCAGGAGAUCAAGCCUGCUGAUGAUGAUGACAAAAUUGUCUCAGCAAAAGCACACACUUCGUUCCCUACUUAUGCAUCAAUGAAAGCACAGGAUACUGCUCCGAAAAUAACUUUAUUUAAAGAAGACGAUCGACAAAAUAGAUUGAGUUUGAUACUCGAACAGUAUUUUUCUAUGCAGCAACUGGUAAAUCAAAGAGACAGCCUUUUAUCAAGAAUGUAUUCCUCCGAAAAUUUAUAUGAAAGUAUACCAUACACAGCAAUCAUCCGAGAAACAGAUGUAUAAAAAAUGAAUUAUUUACAAAUAAAUUUUAGUUAAAUUAGGCUGCGUUCAUAAUGUAUGGCAGAGUGAGGAAGCGCAGGUGAAAAUUUGAAAUGUCCAGAAUAAUUCUUAACACCCCCCCUUAAAGUCAUGCAAUAUACGAUCCCCCCGAAGCAUGGCUCGUAGCUUCUUCCAACAAUUGUGCAU